AUGGGCAUGGAUAAAGGGCUAGUGACUGGUGCCGUUUUCAUUGACCUAGCUAAGGCAUUCGACACAAUCGACCAUGAUGUCUUAAUUCAUAAGCUGAAACAUUAUGGCGUAUCCAAUGAAAGUCUAUUAUGGUUUAAGGAUUACUUCUGCGCAAGGAAGCAGUUUGUAACUAUUGAUUCGCAUAGAUCUGAAGAGCUGGAUAUCGCUUGUGGGGUCCCGCAAGGGUCAAUUCUUGGCCCGUUAUUAUUUAUCAUUUACAUCAAUGAUUUAUCAUCUUGUAUGCGAAGCUGCUCAGUCAGUAUGUAUGCAGACGAUACAGCAAUAUACUUUGCGGCCUCGACGGUUGAUGUGGUGAAUGAUAACAUCAAUGAAGAUUUAAAUUGCUUAUCUGAGUGGUUGAAAGAUAAUUACCUGGUGCUGAAUAUCACCAAAACCAAGUGUAUUUUGUUCUGCUCACAGAGGCACAGUGAACGAAACAGAGCUCUUACCGUGAACUUCUUCGGGUCAUGUAUCGAAAGUGUUAUCACUUUUAAGUACUUAGGUGUAGUAUUCGAUAGUCAUAUGACGUGGAAAGAUCAAGCGGAUCAUGUAUACAAAAAGGUUGCAGUACGAGUUAAUGUCUUACGGCGUAUUAGAACAUUUCUAACGGAGAAAGCAGCAAUACAUGUUUACAACGGUAUUAUCCUGCCAGUGUUCGAUUACUGUGACAUUACCUGGAGUAGCCUUCUGCAACAAGACGAGGACAGAUUACAGCGAUUGCAACAUCGCGCCGCAAGAAUUAUAACACUGAGUGAAAGAUCAUCCCAAGCGAUGGAAAAAUUAAAAUGGUCUUCAUUGAACUGUAGACGCUCUUACCAUAAAGCUAUAUUAGUUUACAAAUGUCUACAUUCUUUAGUCCCGAAUUAUUUUUUAAAUUAUUUUAAGAAAUUUAGUAAUGUACAUAGCUACAAUACUAGACACAAAAAUAGGCUAAUACUUCCCAAAGUUAAAUAUAAUUUUGGAAAAAAUACUUUUAUCUUCAGUGGGGUGCAGGUUUAUAAUAUGCUCCCAGAUCAUGUGAUGAAGGCUGAGUCCAUUCACACGUUCGCACGUCUUGUACGAAUUGUGUGUAAUGAACUUUCUUAUUGA